UUUGUGUUUAGUUGUUUGCUUUUUUUCUCUCCUGCGCGCUCCGGUAAACAUUUACCAGUUGUGGUUGCAUUUUUAACCGAAAUUUGUGAUAAAAACUCUCAUUCCGCAAACGAAGGAUGGGCGCACAAGUUAAUGCUGCCGAGUUGCUGCAGCAAGCGCUCAGCUCAAAUAUCAUACCGAAUCAGGAGUUUCUGCUGCAGGGUUCGAUACUAGAUUCGGCAGCCGAGAAUCUGCUUCACCGAUUGCGAGGUCUUUGCGACAAUGUGGAUGCUAGCCCGGAAACCUUCAGCGAUAUUGAAAUGUGCUUCAGCUUGAAGCUUCCUACAGAGAAGACCCCCGUAAUGACGGUCCGUGUGCGCCGUGCGCAAGACGUGGAAGCUCCCCUCCAGCUGCGCUACAUCGGUCAACCCGAGCUGGGCGACCGGACCCGUCCCACGCUGGUCCGCAGCAGCCUCGACAUUGCCUGCACCCCGCACGUGAUCGAUUUCCUGACCGAGAUGGGCUUCCGGCUCGAUUUCGAGUACUCCACCAAGGGGUACAUGUUUCGCAAGGGUCGCAUGAAGAUUACCGUCUCUAAAAUCCUGAAAAACAUGACCGAACCCAUCUCCCAAAGCUAUCUGGUGGAGCUGUCGGUGCUGGCGCCCAAGGGCCAGGACGCAAUCGCCGAGGAUAUGCGCAUCUUUGCCGAGCAGCUGAAACCGCUGGUGCAGCUGGAAAAGAUCGAUUACAAACGGUUCGCACAAAUGCCGUAAAAAUAAUUCCACGCUUUUCCGUUUGCUUUAUGACUUAGUGUGGUAACGAUGCAUUGUCUUUUGUGGCUUUAUUGCGAAAGUUUUACACCUUUUUUCUCUCUCCUUCUCUCUUCAAUAUACAAUUAUAAACAUUUGCAGGUUUCUGUACAAACAAACAGUUGAAGAAAAGUCCCCUUUGUGGGAAGGAUGCUUGACAACAAAAAAUAUCACAAAUUAUUAGAAUACACAAAGACGGAAGCAUGUUUUUUGUUUUGUAAAAUAUUGGAAGCAAACACCCUCUUUUUUUAGUACUUAAAUAGCACGCGACCGGUCCCCCUUUUUUGUUCCUUAAAUAUUGUCAAUUAGUUUGUUUGUUCUUGGUUGAAAUGGUAAUUAUAUAGGUUGGCACCUUCUCUUCCCCGCUAAUUUAAAGUAUGAUCAUGUGUUAGUUGACCCUUUCGGUCGGUUCCUUCAGCACCCUGCUUCAGACGGGGAGGCGGAAAAAGCGCUAAAAGAUCACAGUUUCGGUGCGGCAUCAACCCGUGGAAACCGCCAGCAAGUGGAUAGUGUGGGACUUUGGGUACUGUGCAGGAAUUGUAUCGUAAUUUGUGUUCGGUAGGCCGUUUUUUGUUUUACGCUUUACAUUUCCCGCUCUAGUGACAGCCAGACGAACCGUGCGCGAUGCCAUACCGACUGCUUGUGCCAUGCUCUGCGUCCAACGACGAGGAGUCACGCGGGUAAUGCUCGAGACUGGUCGAUGCGGAAGGGUUUACCGAUUCUGUAACAAAAAAGUAAGGGAAGCGACAGCAACACAAAAAAG